CUAUCCUAAAGCUAACUCGGAGAGCGGCCAGAGAACUGAACAGCAAUGGGCUAGCUAACUAGGCUGUCAGAGGUGGUGUGAUGUGUGGGCGUGAAGGGAGUGCAACAGAGAAACCAAAAAUAUCACCACAUCCAUCCACUCAUCCACUCUCAUGGACACUGUACAGCUCCACAUAUGAAGGAGGACACCCCCACAACACAGACAGACAAACAGAUCACCCAUCCAUCCACCAUCCAUCCACACGUGGUCUACCCCGGCCGUCCGUCCACCCCUGUCUGCCCCUUCCCAUAAGCUAGCUCACUUACAAAGCGGCCAGAGGUCAACAGCAGCAGUAGACAGACUACCUAGGAGGCGCGACACACGUGGGAUGGAUGAAUUAAUUACAUGAAGAGGGCGCUGACGCCCUCGACCGCCUCCCUGCCGGCGUGGGCGAUGUUGAUGGCGGCCAGCCAGAGGUUGUUGGCGAGGCCGCGCGCCGACAGGGGGCAGUAGUCCUCCUCCACCCUCACCGCCCACACAUGCCCCGCCCUCUUCUCCCACUUGGCCAGCCGCCCGCCAAACAGCUGGGGGUCGACGUACCAGCCGUCCGGCCCCUCCCGCACGUCGCCGACGAACGUGCUGAAGGGGGCCUUCUUGCCGGCACACCAACCACCCUUGGCGGGGGCUGUGUGGGCCCUCUCCCUCUCCAUCUCCCUCGCAGCCUUGGCCUUCUCCAGCCGGGCCUUGUCCACCUCCAUACGGCGGGCCAUGGCCGUCAUGAUGGCGAGGUCCUCCUCGCAGUCGGCCUUGAUGGCCGCCAGGUAUGCGGCGUCCUGGCGGCGGCGCUUCUCGGCCUCUAUGAACGCCUGCAGCCAACGCACCACAUAACACCAGGACAAUGACACCCGUUGUGAGGUGGCCUCUCCUCAGUCACCUCCUUCUCACCUUGUUGGCGGCGUCAAUCGCGGCCAUGUCCUCAGCCGUGUAGCCCAUAUCGGCGGGCUGCACAGAGAGAAGCCUUGCUUGCAUGCGUGAAUGCAUUUGUGCCAGCACAUCAGGUGCAUCCCAGCAUCAACACGAGUGAGCACAUCCCAUCCACCACACGAGCCAGCCCAUCGCAUCAGCGCCCCACCAAGUCCUCAAGUACUUACCGUGGGCAGGUGGACGGGCAUUGCAGCGGCCCUGUCGCUCACACGGGCCUCUUGGCCUUUCUGCUGCUGCUGCUGCUGACGACGCUGAGUGUGGUG